AUGAACGGACGAACGGACGAACGGACGAACGGACGAACGGACGAACGGACGAACGGACGAACGGACGAACGGACGAACGGACGAACGGACGAACGGACGAACGGACGAACGGACGAACGGACGAACGGACGAACGGACGAACGGACGAACGGACGAACGGACGAACGGACGAACGGACGAACGGACGAACGGACGAACGGACGAACGGACGAACGGACGAACGGACGAACGGACGAACGGACGAACGGACGAACGGACGAACGGACGAACGGACGAACGGACGAACGGACGAACGGACGAACGGACGAACGGACGAACGGACGAACGGACGAACGGACGAACGGACGAACGGACGAACGGACGAACGGACGAACGGACGAACGGACGAACGGACGAACGGACGAACUGACGAACGGACAUUUUUAA